AUGACUUCUGUCUUCCGCCGCAUCCCGCUGCCCAGCACGCUGAAGGUCUACGAAAGGACUUCAACUCUAAGGGCUGGUCCCAAACCCUCGGAAGGUCCUCUUUCCCUUCCGCAGGCCCUCGCGGCAGCGCCCAUGAAAGUCACUUUCCUCCACGUGGACAGCCUCAAGGGAAUUCCCGUGGACUUGGAGCUCAAAGAGUCUUCCCCAGACCCUUAUUUUGCGCAGCACUUGAGGACAAUGUACGCGGCUUUCUUUGGCAGCAAGAAAGCCCCAGCUAGCUAG